AUGCCGACUCCACUUUCAAUUGCAGCGGCUCUGGCGUUGCUCGCCUCUGGCGCAGCUGCUCAGGCCGCACCGCCAGUCAAAGCUGAACAGGGUGUUUCGGCCUAUGCGUUCGACAUCAGCCAAGUAUCACUGAACACUGGCCGAUGGCAGGAAAACCAGGAGCGCACUCGGACUUACCUCAAGUUCGUCGAUCUCGACCGCCUUCUCUACAACUACCGCAUAACGCAUGGAUUGUCCACCAACGGAGCUGCCACCAAUGGCGGUUGGGAUGCGCCUGACUUCCCCUUUCGCAGCCACGCUCAGGGUCACUUCUUGACUGCGUGGGCUCAAUGCUGGUCUACCACCGGUGACACUGAAUGCCGCGAUCGUGCCGUUCAGUUUGCAGAGGAGCUCCUCAAGUGCCAGAACAACAACGAUGCCGCCGGAUUCACCGCAGGCUAUCUAUCUGGCUUCCCGGAGUCCGACUUCGACGAUCUCGAGGCCGGAACCAUGACCAACGGAAACGUCCCUUAUUACGUCGUCCACAAGCUCAUGGCCGGCCUGCUGGACGUCUGGCGCAGCAUCGGCGACGAGACGGCGAAGGAGGUAGUGCUGGCGCUGGCCGGCUGGGUCGACACCCGCACGGAGAACCUGACCUACUCGCACAUGCAAACGAUCCUGAACACGGAAUUCGGCGGCAUGAGUGAGGUCCUGGCCGACCUGUACUACCAGUCGGGUGACGAGCACUGGCUCACCGUGGCCAAGCGGUUCGAGCACGACAAAGUGCUGACGCCGCUGGCGAACAACCAGGACCAACUGGACGGGCUGCACGCCAACACGCAGGUGCCCAAGUGGAUCGGGGCGGAGCGCGAGUACAAGGCGACGGGCAACACCACCUACCACGACAUCGCGCGCAACGCGUGGGACAUCACCGUCAAGGCGCACACGUACGCCAUCGGCGGCAACAGCAAGGCCGAGCACUUCCACGAGCCCAACGCCAUCGCCGCCUACCUCGACACCGACACGGCCGAGUCGUGCAACUCGUACAACAUGCUCAAGCUGACGCGCGAACUCUGGGCGACGGACCCCAGCGCAUCCUCCUACUUCGACUUCUACGAGCUGACGCUGACGAACCAGAUGGUCGGCCAGCAGGACCCGGAGAGCGCGCACGGCCACGUGACGUACUUCAACUCGCUCGACGCCGGCGGCGUGCGUGGAAUCGGUCCGGCCUGGGGCGGCGGCACGUGGAGCACCGACUACGACAGCUUCUGGUGCUGCCAGGGCACCGGCGUCGAGACAAACACCAAGCUCAUGGACUCCAUCUACUUCCGCAACGCCGACGACUCGGCCCUCUACGUCAACCUGUUCGCGCCGUCGACCCUGAACUGGAAGAACCGCGGCAUCUCCGUCGAGCAGACGACGACGUACCCGGUUGCUGAGAACUCGACGCUGAAGGUGAGCGGCAGCAGCGAGGGCAGCUGGGACCUGAACGUCCGCAUUCCCGCGUGGACCGAGGGCGCUGAGAUUUACGUCAACGGCGCGAAGGCCGAUGUCGCUACCGCGUCGGGAGCGUAUGCCGUUGUGUCGCGCGAGUGGCAGGACGGCGAUGAGGUGACGGUGGUGAUUCCGAUGGACUUUAGGAUCGUGCCUGCGAAUGACGACGAGUCGGUCGUGGCGCUGGCGUACGGCCCCGUUGUUUUGGCAGGAAACUACGGCACGACGAAGCCUGACGGCAACCCUACCCUUGACUUGUCGACGGUGAAGCGGACGAGCGAUGAUGCAUUGGCUUUUGAGGCUACCGCUGGUGGUGAUACCAUCACCCUGGGCCCUUACUACGAUGCUCAGGGCUUCAAUUAUGUCACUUAUUGGCAGAAAGGCGGGAAGCUUCCUGGACUUCGGUGA